UUGCUUCAGACAGUCAAAGACGCGGAGACGUACUAUGGAAAUGUAACUGAAGCGAAUAUAGACAAUAAGCCACCAGUAUGGAGACUAGAAUACACUACAAAAGAGUUUUACAAUAUGACCGACUUCUCACCACAAUCGUGGUCAGCACUCAGUGAUCGUCUUUGGAAAGACAAAGAGCUCUUCCGGAAAUUCAUGAAGAAUUACUAUCGGAAUGACUUCAACAACGUGUGCUACAUGGAUGACAGCUGCAGGAGAAGUUUCGUUUGUGCAAUGAAGCAAGCAAGAAGUUAUGAUGAAACCUUUUGUGCAGGAUUGAAGUAG